AUGGCGAUCACCGGUGAGAACAGCUGCGGUGAUGAUGACGACGAUGCACUUUACGCCGCCACCGAGAUGCUGGAGGCCAGAACGGGACUAGAUUUUAUAGUUUCCGCGCUCUCCCAUGAAAAAGAGAAGCCAGGUCCCGUCGCCUCAGUAGCAAACACUGGUGAAGCGUCUGGCCUCUGCCGCGGAGACGAUCGUCCCCAGCCCGCGCAUACUGCUAAGCCGGCCGUGCCGUCAGCAGCCGGACCGAGCGUCCGCUUGCCAUCUCGUGCGUCGUCGUCGAAGCCUCUGCCUCGUUACAAGCAGGCCGUGCUCCGUUGGGCCGAUCCUACAGAUCCUGGACGUCCUCUCGCUGAUGCCGGCGAGUCGGUAAACCACGUUACGCCCACGCCAUCUAACUCUAAAAAACCGUCACUAAUCACUCUGAUUUACGAAGAGGCCCUUGAAACGUUCAAGUCGACGUGGUCGACCGACUACCCAUGGCUCAUCCUCAUAAAAAACACUGCUGGCAUGCCUGCGUUCAAGUGCAGAUUGUGCAUCGACUUUGCAGGUGACGGUGGCAAGUGUGGCAAGAGUGGGCACGGUGCAACCGAUCUUCAGACCCAAGCCUUCAAGCGGCAUGCCGCGAAGAACAAGCACCAGUUGGCCAUCAAUCACCAGAAGCAGAUGCUAGCUCAGGCUGGGAAGCAGCCGCGAAUUGACGAGCAUACGCUCGCCAAAGAUGACGAGACGACCCGCGUCAUCAGCCUUCUGAACUCCCUUCACUUCACCACCCAGAACCAUCUGCCGAUGGAGACGUGGGUGCGCCUCGUUCGCUACAUGGCUCAGAACGAGGUCCGCGGCUUUCCCAAAAAGGGAUACGGCACUUACUACACCACGGAAGCACUCGCGGCCAAGGACGCGGCAGAGUCCCUACCGGAGUUUGGCAUGGUCGACAGCUUCAUCCGCUGGCUCUCUACCUACCUCGGCUCAUCAGGACCCUGGCACCAGCGCUUCCUGGACCUUCAGGAAGUCUUCACUCAGACUAACCUGGAGCUCCAAGGAAUCAAUGAUGUGCGUUGGCUCUCACGCGGCGAUGCAGUCUGCCGACUUCUUGCAGUCCUUCCGGGGGUCGUCGUGAUGGUGCACGAGCUGGGAAACAAGCCCAUGUACCAGAUGGUGACCAGCUACAGAUUCCAGUUCAUGCUGCGCUUCCUCGCUGACGUGCUGGAACAGCUGAACGUGCUCAGCAAGACGUUCCAGCAUCGACAGAUUGACCUGCUGGCAAUUCAAGGCCAGAUCCGUCGCACGACAACCCACAUCAACAGCCGUUAUGUGGAUUGUGGCGACGACUUCGACGGCGGCCUGAGCGAGAAGCUGUCGCCCUUCAUUGCACGACAUGGACCGAAUGGGGUGCGGAGAGUGGAGGUCGAGUGGGUUGACUCCGACGGCCGGCCCACUUCUCACUGCUACGUGCUGCAUGAUUCCCCCCUUGAAGGCUACCCCAUUGCAGGGACCCAUGAGCGAUGCGUGGAGCAGUGCACGGCGAUGGCGGAGGCGCUCGUGCAUAACCUGGAUGAGCGAUUGGGUUCACUCGACAAGCUGAGCGGUGUGAAGCUGUUCAUGCCCGACGAGUGGCCCCAUGGACGGCAGGAGCGUUCCAUGGUCUGCACGGAGCACCUUGAGUCCCUCACGACGCUCUUCAGGGCCCAAGAGGCGUACAAGAAGCGCAAGCCCAUCACAACAGUGGCAGCACCAAAGAAGCAACCUAGUGCUAAGGGGAAAGAGAAGGUGGACGAGGAUGAUGCUGGUGGUGCUGGCUCUGGGUGGGGGACAGAGACCCCCGUGCACAUGCACGGUUCUAUGAGCGAUGGUGGUGGUAGUGACGAAGAUGAAGACAUGUGUGUGAUGUGA